GAAUUCACCUGCAGUUUUGGAAUCCUAAAAGUAAAAUAAUCCCUUUUAGUCUAUUAUUAUAGUUGCCUAAUAUUUGAGUGUAUAAAUUAUCACUGAAAUUUAACUUUAAAAGUUGGGAAUUUUUUUUCCCUAAAUACAAAUAAAAUUCUCUUUAACGACAUUUUGCUGCCAGGAUUAAUUUUCCCCCUGCAUGAUGAUGGUCCGCCAUAAAGUGGAAGUAACAAGGAAAACUAUGUGCGGAGUUGGGAGGGAAGGGAAGGGAAGGGAAGAAAAGUGAGAAAGUAAGCAAUGGGAACGAGCGCGAGAUUAGUUUAGUUAGGGUUUUGAAUUGAUUGUAGUGAGGGAAAUGAUAUGGAGUUGGUCGCGAACGAUGAUGAGAUUGAGAAGAACACAAACACUGGCUUGUCGUGUUUUUCAUUCAUCUUCUUCUUCAUCUUCAUGUUGUUGUGAGAAAAGGAAAAGCAAAGUGAAUAGCGAUAGUGUAUGUUCCACGCUGUGGAGGUGCCCAUCGGAUUUGAUUGCUCUCUCAUUUUUCCUCUGGUCGGCCCAACGCCACCGUCACAACUCACUGGCCUUUGAUCGCAUGGUCACUGUGCUUCGUCGCCUCACUCAUCGCUACAAAACCGUCCCAGCCAUUCUCUCACAGUUGGAGACUAUCGGUUGCGACUCUCUCAGGAACCCUAAAUCUUUGUCGGUUCUGUUGAGGAUUUACUGGCGUGCGGGUAUGCACGGCAUGCUUUUGGAGGCUUAUCAUCACAUUCACGCCGCUUACGGUUUAGUAGCUGACACUUUUACUUGUAAUUUGCUUAUGGAUGUUCUAUUUAGGAUUGGGCAACCCCAUCUUGCUCUCUCUCUUCUCAAACACACCCAUUCCCCUAAUUUCUUCACCUUUAACAUUGCCCUUCUUCGUCUUUCCCACUUCAACCAUCUCCCUCACAUCCCUCAUAUUCUUAGACUUAUGUUGAGUUCCUGCUAUUAUCCCUCUCCUCUCACAUUUCACGUCCUUCUCAAUUCUUUCUGUAACCUCAAUGCAUUACCCCAGGCAUAUCAGCUCCUGGCCCUCAUGAUUACUUUGGGGAUCAAAUUCUCCGUCAAUAUUUGGACUAUACUCAUCCAUAACUACUGUAAAUUGGCUAGACUUGAUGUUGCUGUCAAUCUCUUCCACAUUAUGUCUCAAACCGGUUGUUCUCCUAAUGUUGUCACAUAUACCGUCUUAUUUAAGGCAUUUAUGAAAUCCAACCUGGUAACUGAUGCUUUUCAUUUGUUUAAUAUCAUGUUAGCUGCUGGCGAAAUGCCUGAUUUAAUUCUUUGUAAUGUAUUAAUUGAUUGCCUUUCAAAGGUCGGCAGGUACCAGGAUGCAAUUCAAGUUUUUAUUUGUUUGUUAGAACAAAACUUAAAACCUGAUUCUUAUACCUUUACUUCGUUGCUGUCUACAAUCUGUCUCUCUGGAAUGUUUUACCUCUUACCCAAAUUAGUUCUAGUCUCCAGACAUAUAGAUGCUGAUUUAGUGUUCUGUAAUGCUCUUUUAAGCUCUCUUACUAAGGCUGAGCUUCCUUCUCUUGCCAUUGGAUUCUAUGAUCAUAUGAUUGACAAAGGUUUUGUGCCAGAUAAGUACAGUUUUGCUGGCUUAUUAAGUGCGCUCUGUGCUGAGGGAAGAAUUGAUGAAGCAGUUAAUGUGUACCGUGGUGUUGUCAUGAGUUAUCUUGAUACUGAUGCUCACAUCCAUACUGUAAUAAUAAGUGAGCUUAUAAAGGCUGGUAAGUAUCACAAGGCUGCCAGUAUUUUCAAAUUAGCAGUGAUGAAUAAAUAUCCACUGGACAAUAUAGCAUGCAUGGUUGGCAUUUGUGGACUUCUUAGAGGUGGAAGAACUCAAGAGGCUUGCACAUUGUAUGAACAGAUGAAGUACAAUGGUCUGAAACCUAGCAUUCAUACAUAUAAUAUGAUGUUUUUCACUUUUUGUAAAAUAAGAAAUCUCCAGAUGAUGAAGCAGAUACUACAAGAGAUGAUUGAUUCGAGGAUAGAGCUGAGCAAAAGAAAUUUCUUCAACUUAUGUAAAUAUACAUAUAGAUCAGAUGCUUAUCUUUCCAUUUUGAAAUUGUUGGCUGAGAUGAGAGAUUUGGGGUUAUUAACUGCUGAGGCAUGGCACGUUAACAACUUUGACAGGCAAAUUGAAGUUGUACAAACAAAAUAUAAACAUUAUGCAGAAGCUAAUACAGAAUGGAUUCUAGAUCCAUCCAGUUCUGAAGAUAUGUCUGAUGCAGCUGCUUCAGUUGGUUGAACUCUUAUGCUUACCAUGUUACCCAUUUCUACAUGAAGGGUUCAUUCAAUUUCUAUACCAUGAAACUUAUUAGUCUAUCCACACCCUGGUUACACUUAAAAGAAGGAAGAUUCUUAUCUCAAACAACUUUUCCCGCCUUCUGAUUAUUCUCUGAGUAUAGCCAACAGACAUGUUAUGGAUCCAGCAAUCACUCAAGUUUACAUGCAAUCAUUUGUUUCUUGCAGGAAAGUAGUUGUAUUGUUUAUGGAUCCUGUUUUCUCCAUAUAUUAUCUUGAUAUAAGCUGGAAUGAGAUAGUGAGAAAAAGUAUUGUAAAUAAUCUUUCUAAAUACAUUAUGACUUUUU